CUCCUCUCAGAUGACUCUGGAAGAGAGUCUGAAUGAAUGCAUGGAGGCUCUGGAUCUCUUCCUGAACAACCACUUCAGCGAGAGCCUGGAUAAGCUGCGGCCGAGAGUGAAUGAGAGUAUGUACCACGCUCUUAUCUACGCCACAGUGCUGGAAAUGCAAGCCAUGAUGACUUUCCAGCCAGAAGACAUCAGCAACGCAGGAAAUACCAUGAAGAGUGCCCAGGAUGUCUGCCAGAGGUUUCGACGGAAGUCUGCAGUUUUAUCCAACAAGUCAGAAUCACUCACUGAAGUGCAGCUUCAUGCAGAAGCUUGUUACGCAGAGUGUCAACUCCAAAGAGCUGCCCUCACCUUCCUACAGGAUGAGAACAUGGUGAGUUUUAUCAAAGGAGGGAUGAAAGUGCGGAACAGUUACUUAAUUUAUAAAGAACUGCAUACCUUCACUAAAUCUCACAGCUGUAACAAAGGGCCGAGCCACGUUCACUUAGAGGGGGGGAUAUCGUUCGGAAUAGGGGCGUUUAAUCUGACACUGUCUCUAUUUCCUCCUCGGAUACUCAAAGUGUUGGAGUUUGCAGGUUUCUCUGGCGACAAGGAGUACGGUCUGUCUCUUCUGCAUGACGGUGCGACGGGGAAGAAUCUGCGCUCCAUGCUGUGCGCUCUGCUAGUGCUCUGCUACUACACCUUCCUCACAGUCAUACUAGGUACGGGGGAGGGAGAUGUGACUGAAGCUGAAAAGCUGCUGAAACCUUUCCGGCUCCGUUAUCCACGGGGAGCGAUAUUCCUCUUCUUUGCAGGCAGGACUGAAGAGAUCAAGGGGAACAUUGAUGAGGCUAUUGCGCUCUUUGAAGACGGCUGCAAGGCCCAGCAGGCGUGGAAGCAGUUCCACCACAUGUGCUACUGGGAGCUGAUGUGGUGCUACUCCUACAAGCGAGACUGGAAGAUGGCGUACUUCUACGCAGACCUGCUGAGCAAGGAGAGCCGCUGGUCCAAGGCCAUGUACGUUUACAUGAAAGCUGCUUACCUCAGCAUGCUGCCUAUAGACGAGUCCAGACCGUUCGGGGACAACGAAGUCGACCUCUUUAGACAAGUGUCCACUUUAAAGCAGAAGAUAGCCGGAAAAUCUCCCCCGACUGAGAAGUUUGCGAUCCGUAAAGCCCGACGCUACAAGGCUCGCUGCCCGAUCCGGCUGCCAGUGCCAGUGCUGGAGAUGAUGUACAUGUGGAACGGGUUCAGUAUGAUCAGCAAACGGCCGGAGCUGACUGAAGGCAUGAUGCAGACUUUGGUUGAGGCAGAGCGAUGUCUCCUGGAGUCUCCCGAGAAAGAGUAUCUGGUGGAUGACCGCUGUGUGAUCUACCUGCUGAAGGGUCUGUGUUUGAAGAACCAGGGUCUCCUGCAAGCUGCUGAGGAGUGCUUCAACAAAGUGUUUACAAGUGAAAAGAAGAUUAAGUUCGAUCACUACCUGGUGCCCAACUCUCUGGUGGAGCUCAGCCUGCUCUACAUCGCCCAGGGAAGAAGAGACGAGGCUAUCAAACUCCUGCACAAAGCCAAACAAAACUACAAAGAUUACUCGAUGGAGUCUCGUACUCAGUUCAGGAUUCACGCUGCUCUGGCCAAACUGAAGGCUGACCCUGGGGAGGAGGAGGACACACACAUGUAGGGGGAGAGGACACACAUGUAGAGGGAGAGGACACACAUGUAGAACACACACGUAGGAGGACACACACAUGUAGGGGGAGAGGACACACACAUGUAGGAGGACGCUUCUUCAUCACCUCCUCUUCAUCAUCUUCAUGGUUUUAACUUGGUACCCAGCUUUUAACCCGAAUCCGUUUGUAUCCCUGUGUUCGGAUAUGCACACUACACUAACACAAGUAAAGACAACAAGGAAAUGUAAAUACAGGAGACAUUUUAUUUUGUGUUUUAUGGUUAAUAUUGAAAACAUUUAAGAACACUCUGAUUCAAAGUCCUUAUAAAUAUAAAUUAUGAGAAAUUGUUUGUAUGUCUUAAUGACUUGUAUAGUAAUUAUGUAAUGUUCCUGUAUGGAGAGCGGUACUUAAUAACAACAUGAUUGAGUUAAUUAAGCAUCAUGUGUUUUUGGAAAGACGAUGUUCAUGGUACUUCAACUGCAAGAUUUAUUCAAACCAAAUCAUCCCAACUGUUACCUGGCUUUGAGAAAUGCACACCAGUGUUUGAUCUGUAACAGUCUGUGAACUUUCCAAAACUUCAAUGUAUACAAAUUAUUUUUGCAUAAAUAAAUUCCACUCCCAAAUC